CUGCCUCUCUGACGCUGAUUGGCCGCCGUAGGGCAGGGCUUCUCUGUGAAGUGAGUUUUGCUCGAAGUUGUGCAGAUCACCGGAAACCAAGAGGAGCGGACACCGGGAGGAGAUCGCUUUCUUGCCAUAACUGAAAAUGUCCAAGCAGGCUCAGUUCACAAACCCAGAGACUCCAGGGUAUGUUGGAUUUGCAAAUCUCCCGAAUCAAGUUCAUCGUAAGUCUGUAAGGAAGGGAUUUGAGUUUACACUGAUGGUUGUAGGUGAAUCUGGUCUUGGGAAAUCGACGCUUAUUAACAGCCUCUUCUUAACUGACUUGUAUCCUGAGCGUGUGGUGCCCGGUGCAGCAGAUAAGAUUGAACGUACAGUGGAGAUUGAAGCGUCCACUGUGGAGAUAGAGGAGAGAGGGGUAAAGCUUCGUCUUACAGUGGUUGACACUCCAGGCUAUGGUGAUGCUAUGAAUUGUGAAGACUGUUUCAGGCCCAUUAUUUUCUAUGUGGAUGACCAGUUUGAACGAUAUCUUCAUGACGAAAGCGGUUUAAAUCGGCGGCACAUUGUGGAUAAUCGCGUCCACUGCUGCUUUUACUUCAUCUCCCCCUUUGGCCACGGCUUGAAGCCCCUUGAUGUGGAGUUCAUGAAGGCUUUGCACAACAGAGUGAACAUUGUUCCUGUUAUUGCCAAAGCAGAUACAUUGACUCUAAAGGAGCGGGAGAGGCUGAAGAGAAGGAUUCUGGAUGAGAUUGAGGAACGUGGAAUUAAGAUUUAUCACCUUCCAGAUGCAGAGUCUGAUGAAGAUGAAGACUUCAAGGAGCAGACAAGGCUUUUAAAGGCCAGUAUUCCCUUCUCUGUUGUUGGCUCUAACCAACUUAUUGAGGCAAAAGGUAAAAAGGUCAGAGGUCGCCUGUAUCCAUGGGGUGUGGUGGAAGUGGAAAACCCAGAACACAAUGACUUCCUUAAACUAAGGACAAUGCUAAUUACACACAUGCAGGAUCUUCAAGAGGUCACUCAGGAUUUGCAUUAUGAAAACUUUCGCUCUGAGCGCCUCAAAAAAGGUGGUGGCAGUAUGGAGAACGUGGAGGUGUCCAAGGACCAGAUACUGCUGGAAAAAGAAGCUGAGCUUCGUCGUAUGCAGGAAAUGAUUACAAGAAUGCAAGCUCAGAUGCAGAUUCAGAGACAAGAUGGUGAUGCACACGUGUAAUGGCCUGGAUUGACAAUUCACAACACGAGCUGCAGUCUGUUAGCGAUCUGUUCUCUUUGGCCUGUUGUAAUGUUAAGAUGCUGACACUUUUAGAUUUGCUAGCUUCACAAAGCUGGACUUGUCAGAGGCAUAGAUUUAUGCCGUGCACACGCUGUAUAGAAGUACACUUUUUUUUUUUUUUUCAUAUGUAAAUCUUUUAAGAAACUAUGCUCUGUUACACCAUAGUCUACUUACUGUUACACAACAUACACACAAAUUGGCACAGAUAUAUAAACAUGGAAAUGCAUGUAAUACUUCAUUCAAAAUAUCACAAGUAGAAACCUCAAUUUUACUUAACGUGCAUUUUUUUCCCCCCCAAAGGGUCAUUGUACCCCUGUUAAUGAGCAGUUGUCACUAGUGGACCAGUCUGCAAAAGUUGACCUGUUAAAAUACACCCUUCAUUUAAAUCAAAUAGGCACAUGUCAGCAUUCCUGAAUUGUGUGUGUUUUUUUUUGUUUUGUUUUUUAUGUUGUUUUUUAAGAAAAAUCUUUUGCUUGCUGUGAAAAUAGGCUCUUCCUGAGCUUUUAGCUUGGGCAGCCUAAAUCACAUAGUCCUACCUAGUGAACACAAAUGGUUGCUUACAUGUAUGGAUGUCUAGCUACCAACCAUACUAAGGUUUUAAUUACUUGAGCAUGCAUUAAUACAACUGUUUACAUUAAGUGAAUCGCUUUUAUGUGUUGGGGGAGGGGGGAAAGCCUCGAAAAAGCUUUUUAUGCUGUCAGAGGCAGGCAUCAUUCAAGACAAGGCGGGCAAGAAACGGGACCAUUCCAAAAUUUUAUUUUUUAUCUUUGCAAGAAUCAAUUCCAAAAAUGCCUUCCACAUCCUUUUCUCUUACAACAGUACUAGCUGAUAAACUGAUCUGUUCAUUUACUGCAGUUGAAUAAGCAAAUUUGUAUGUUUACAAUUAAAUUAAAAGUGCCUUUUGUACCAUU